AGGGCCAGUCUCUGUCCACUGAUGACCUGCUCUCACUAGUGUAUGAGCAAUGGCUUCUGUCAGAUUUAUCUGAAAUAGGAGAGAGUGUAUUACCUGCAGAUGUGACGUAUGCUGAUAAAAUGGAACUCACAAGCAAUUACCCUCUUCAGGUAAGGAUAUGAAUAGUUAUGCUAUAUGAACUUGUCAUUUCUAUUUUUUGGAAAUGUUUAUAAAAAUACAAAAUUGAAUAUUAUUUUCUUGCAGCUGAUUUCUGUCAUUGAUGUUGGAUUUCCUCUGUAUGGUCAAAUGCAGAAAUUGCAAGGCAGAGAGAAUCCUAAUGAAGAAGUGUCUGCUGACAAGCCCUUCCAACCAGCAGUGAGUGAAGAAUACUUAUAGAAUUACUCUUUCAAAUUUAUGUGCAAAACAUUUUUACAUUUUUAUAGAAAAUUUUGAUAAAAAUUGUAAUGAAUCAAUCAAAGCUAAAGGGAUUUAUCUUAGCAAAACAACCUAAAAGAAUUAAAGGUGUAACACUUUAUUUCCAUGUGAGGUAGUUAGGAUGCCCCCAAUUUUAUCCUUUAUAUCCAAAAAAUACUGAUAGUAAUAGGCAACUAUAACACAGCAAAACGACAAAUUCAUGAAUAAUCUCACCUUGGCCUUGCACACAUUCUAAAAUGUUUACAUCAUUCCCAAAUUGUUAAAUCACAACUUGUAAAUGAAGAGUUUUUUCCCACAGAUAAAUAGUAACUCUGUCAAAAAUGGCUCAGAUGAUGAAUUUGAUAGCAAUUUAUAUGUAAUUAUAGAUACUUCAUGGGUUAUUAAUUUUAUCUGUACUAAUACAGAUUUCCGUAUUUAAAUUACAAAGGUGUAAUAAAUAUCGAAUGUCAUGGCAAAGUUAUUGAGUUUCUUAUAUUACUUAUAACCUUAUGUUUCACCUUGGCCGUGGAAAAAGUCUUUUGGAUAGAAGGAGCAUUUUACUCUAUGCGUGAUGUAGUUAUAAAUAGUUAAGAAAAAAGCGAUAUUUAUAUUUCAUAAAAAAUUUAUUUCAAUAUAUUGAAAUUUCUGUUCUAUCCAUUUGUGUGUACAGUGGGAGCCUAAACAAUCUCGGAUGCUGCUCCUUCAGUUGACAGAUGGACAUAUUCAAGUUAAGGCAAUGGAGUACCAACCUAUACAAAAUUUAAGUUGUCAGUUGCCAAGUGGAUCAAAGGUAAAAAGUAGACUUGAAAUUUAUGUUAUUAAUAAACUUUUAAUUUGAAAAUUGAAUCAUCAAAAUCUUUACUUCUCACAAACAUUCAUGGUAUUUGAUGCCUUCAAACACAACCUUCUGCAUUAAUCUUACACCCUUAUUUUGAUCUACCAAUAACUGGUAGUCCUAAACAGGUGAGGUUAUAAGUUUCUAUAGUUUGGUCUACGAGUGACUGGACUUUCAUAAAGUCAUAUUUAAUAAUUUAAUGCAACACAGAUUUAUGGUUGUUGAUAUAUAUUUUAUCCAGUCUCACAGCUCACUACACAGACUAGGCUUCUGCACAAACUAAGUCCCAAAUAUAUGUUAGUCAGCUGUUGCUUCGGCUCUACUAAUUAAUCUAAUAAGUACACAGUGAUCUAAACUCUAAAAAAAAAAUGCAUACACACAUUAAUAACAGGUAUCUUGACAACAUAGUAAUAGAUCUCACUACACACCCAAAACAUACACUAAAAUAAAAAUGAUGCGCAACCAUUCCACAACAUAUUCUAGCCUCAACAAGAGGUAUAUGAAGUUUCCAAAGUAAGAGAUCCUUCUUGUUUCAGAGAUCUCAUUUUCCCCACCUUUGUGUCAAUGCUCUUUCUAAUAUCUUUCUCCCCACUAAAAUAUUUGCUGAUGCCAUUUAAAAUAAAUGUUAUGACUCUUAUUAUCUCUUAUUAUAGAUGAUGCUCAUUGGACCAUUAAUAUGUAUGAGAGGUAUGAUACUGCUGACACCUGGGAGUAUUCAAGUACUUGGAGGAGAAGUUGAUGAGCUAGUAGAACAAAAUAUGCCUUUGAAUAAUCUAGAAAAAGUUAUGUAA